GCCAUAUUUGAAUAAUAUUGUCAUCGACGCUAUAGGAAGCAUAGGUGUUUUCUAUUUAUUUUGAUUUACUGCGAAAAUUGAUUAUACAAAUGCUGAUUUCGUGUUGAAGGGAUUAAACGUCUUUUAAAAUCGGUACACCGCUGCCGUGUAUAUAAUUACAUUAUAUUGGUCAAGCCGUUGAUACCGAAUUCGAUUCAAUUGAAAUUCACUGAACAUUUCGCUUCUAUCAAAUCACAUUUACCACCAUCGAUUGCAUUCACAAAGUAAAAAUUUAAGCUGAAAUUAUCUAUGGAUCACACGGAGGACGUUAAAGUAAUUGAUUUGGAAAAUUCAGAAGAAGAUGAGGACGAUGACGAUGAGGAGGAUGGCAACGGACUAUCAAUGGAUGCGGUUCCGUUUCAAGAAAAGGUCGAGAAGUGGUUGAUGGAUUGCAAUGGUGCUCAUGCUAGAGCACUCAUCAGAGAUUCUGAAAGAAUUUUCCAAGAGAAGACAGUUGUAGUCAAAGAAGUCGUCGAUAAAACCGAAUCUUUGCACUCAGUGGACACUGAACAGUAUAUCAAAUCGAACCGGAGAAAGACAACGACUAAAGUUACAACCACUACGAUCAAGAAAUACUAUUCCCUGAUAAAAGUUGGCAACAAUGUUUGCAACAACAACGCGGAGUGCUAUUCCGGUGAUCGACAGUCACUUCCAGCCAUUGAGAAAGUUGAGGACGAAAAAUAUUCAUGCAAAGUGAUACGAAAGAGUCCCAGAAAGCCAAGCAAUAAUUUACCCAGUGUCCCGGAACUAAAUCAACCAAAAGUGAAUCCAAAAAAACGAAAUCAUCAGCGAAGAAACGAUUGUGAUACUAAUCAUCUCAGUGUUGACGAUAAUGAUCACCUGGAUCUGGAUCUGAAUCAGGAAGUUCCUGCCAAUGUUCCACAAAACUGCAAUGACAGGAUAAAAAUUGAGCGUAAAUGUGCGCCAUACAACACCCGGCUGAAGAGUGAGGCAAGAGAUAGAAUUCGACUUUGUGUUGAAGCGUACAAAAAUAAAAAGAUGCCAAGGCGCGCUCCUGCCAAGAAAAAACAGAAUUCUUUGUCAACAAAAGGUUGUCGAGUCACACUUAAGUCUUUCGAUCAUGGAACGAACUCGCUGAUAACCGACGUCGAUUCAAAUGCGAAAACUACACCGUUACGAAAUGUUGUACAUUUAAGGCGCGACAGUGAGGACAGUGAACAAGAUGAUAUUUUACUAACAAGCUAUAAACCGUUUUCUCUUUGUCCAUAAUGUGCUAAUAAAAGUUGCUUCAGCAAAAAUG